AAUAAGAGUUUAGUGCGCUCAGGAUUCAGCACAGUGCGGCUUUAACACAGUGAAUUGGGUUCAGGACUGUGCGCAGUGCAUCUCUGCUUCUACAAGCAACAUGGAUGUGAAAAUAAUCCUAGCAGCAGUUCUGAUAACGGUGACUUUAUACUGCUCUGGUACUGAUGCCAAGCCCAUCAGUCUGGUCGAGAGGUGUUGGUGUCGCUCCACAGUCAACACAGUCUCACAGAGGAACAUCCGUGAGCUAAAGUUCGUCCACACUCCCAACUGUCCCUUCCAAGUCAUCGCCAAGCUGAAGAAUAAUAAAGAAGUCUGCAUCAACUCUGAGAUGAAAUGGCUUCAGCAGUACCUAAAGAAUGCUCUUGAAAAAAUGAAGAAGGCCAAACAACAACUGAACUAAGGAGCCAGCUGGAUGUCAAGCCCGUUUGUGAGCCACCACUACAGAUAUGUACCAUAUACCGCUCUGGCAUGCUUGCUGAACCAGCACUUAAUCUGCAAAACAUGCUUUCUUCUCAAUGACUCUGCAAACCAAACCACCACCACCUUUACUGAUGCUUUGGGCACCUCCUGUAUUAGCACAAUGUGCAAUUAUAUAUGUAUGACUGUGGUUUUUAUACAAAUGAGAUGUAUAUACAAUGUUUUAUAUCGAUUUUAAACAGUAAAGAGAUAUUUUUGGAGAA